UUAUUAAUACCGAAUUGAUGAUUUCACAUAUGUAUAUAAAAUUGCCUAUGAUAAAAACUUUAUUAAAAUUUAUUUUAAUCAAGUCGAAGUUAAUUUGGCUAUGAACACUCUUAUCCCCUUUCCUAAACUAAUUAAAAUAUAAGUGAAAACAACACGAAAAUAUACAUAACGGCCAGGAAAGCUUUGUAAGUACUUAACGAAUCGAUUAAUUUCAAAUUUGCUUAAGUGUGUCCGUCACACUUAAAAUUAUUUAAAAUCGAAUAAUUAAAUGGAAGAGCACCUAACCUAAGAUUGAUAAUAUAUCAUUCUAAAAUCUGGACCACCUGGAAGAGCAUGGCUGUGGCGACCAUCGUAAUUGCUCUGGCUUUUUGUUUGUGCUUGGCGGUUAAAGCUAACCAAAACUAUGCCGCCUUAAGAGAACACAAUCGGUUGAGGAGGCUGCAUGGCAGUCCGCCGCUUCAAUUGGAUGCGGCUCUUUCCAGGGGAGCUCAACAAUAUGCGCAGGUGCUGGUCCGUAGAGGAUCGUUAACGCAUUCAAACGGACCAUAUGGAGAAAACUUAUGCCGACAUCUUGAUCCUGUAAAAUGUGUACAAUUUUGGUAUGAUGAAAUUCCCAUGUACAACUUUAAUCAUCCAGUUUUCAGCGUGCCUACUGGACAUUUUACUGCCUUAGUUUGGAAGAAUUCAAAAAGACUGGGUUUUGGCUAUGCCAGAGACCAUAGAGGAGUGUACUACGUGGUAGCUAGAUACACUCCCACCGGAAAUGUGAACGGGCGAUUCGCAGAAAAUGUCCUCAGGCCGAUCGGAAGAUAUAGGAGGGGCUGAGUCUGCGACUAACUUUUAAAGCAAAAAGAAAGCUAGUUUUCCGAAAACUUCUAGAAUGGGUUGAUCUCUAAUGACCUAUAAGAAAGGUAUAAUUGUAUUUACACCUAAAAAACAUGUAUUUUAAAUGAAAAAAAAUAUAUCAAUUCAAACAGGUGAGAUAAGUUUUAACUUCGUUUUUUAACUUUCGUUAAUGAUUAAUGCAGUGCUGCUUAGUCUAAAAACCAGUCAAAUAAAAACAGUAAAAGUUAAAAAAAGGUUUCAGGUUAAAUGCCAAUCG